AUGUCUACCCUAAUUCCAUUCGGGGAUGCCUUUGUCACCCAACUCUUUACACAAGAUUCAUCUAAUCCUCUCCUAGACACACCUGUCGAUUCGUCUUCUCUUUCUGCCGUUCUCGAUUCACUCUACAAGACCACAGACGCGCUUCAUGAGCAACUAUUCAAUAAUAUCUGCGACAAUGUCGACAUCUUCUCGGCAUCAUACGAGCAGAUGAAUGAACUCACCCAGCGAGUGACAUCGCUAGUUGGCCAGGCCAUGACCGAACAAUCCAAUGUCAUAGACCCUACUAUGGGCACUCAUGCUGUCGUAAGCCAUGCUCUGCGACGCUAUACGGCGGCAUUGGAGACAUCCCAGCAGCACCAAACCCAGCUCGACAGUCUGCGUGUGUUGGUCACACUUGUAGAAGCGCUAGAAGACAUCGAGUCGAUUCUCGACCAACAACAGAUUGUGCCAGCAACAGAAGCCUUGCUCAGACUCCAGGCCAAUCUGACAGCAAAUGAACCCUAUCUUGCCCACACGGUCCAUUGGGUGCGAGAACGAAUAGAACAACAGAAGAAUAGAUUGGUCUGCAUACUGCAGGAUUUUUUGGCAGCCGCGAUUACAUUUGAGACCAAUCGUGUGAAGAUCAUUACUACUGGCUGCUCUGAUCCUUCUCCUUCUCUAUUAUUAUCAUUAUCAUCAUCAUCAAAUGACACUAGUGGGGUGGAUCUAAAAGAUGUGUUUGGCUGUCUGGAUCAACUGCAGCUUUUGACUACACACAUGAGCACAAUUAAACGCUCGAUGUUCAAGCAUAUCAUCAAGCCCUAUCUUGAAUUUGAUGUGACAGCAGAUGUCGUGGUUACUAAGGACGGCAGUAAAGGAGCCACCUUGACGCUUAGACCCACUACAGACAAACAAAUCAAUCCACUAAGAAAACUCAAAAACCUGGGCCAAAUACUCGACUUUUGCUUCGAAAACCUAUGUGGAGCUGAUCUGGACCACGCAAGACUGUUUGGCAAUUUAGCCCUACCGGAGCUAUUUGGAUUGGUGAUCGAAAAGGUUCUUGGACCGGCCAUUCCUACAACAAGCAAAGACCUCGGAACUUUUGGGGCAGUUUCGAGAGCAGCCGAGAGCUUGGAACAGACGAGCCGAGACCAUUUUGGCUGGAGUGAGAAAGAGAACAGCCUGAAAGAAUAUGUGAGCCACCUUGACCGACACUUUGCAAGAAAGCGGGGAGAGAAAGUUCUGCUAGAGGGACGUAAUGUAAUGCUUAGAAGACUCUAUGAUGUUGAGGAUGCAGAAGAAGAAGAAGAAAAAAAAGAGAAAGAGGGUGAGGGGAUGGGAAAGGCAGGCACAGAAACGCAACAUUAUCGCAUCACACAGACCCCGCAGCUUCUUGUCUUGCUCCUGACGGACAUGAUUCAAGAAGCAUCCGGUCUUGUCAACACUCACCCCAUUUCUGCCGCCCAUCUUGUUCAUGCCACAGCUGAUCUGCUGGAUCUGUAUCGCGCCAUCAUGCCUAGUUAUCAUCGCGCACAUCUCAUUGCUCGUCCGGCCAAUUGCCUGGUGUUCCGUAACGAUUGUUUUUGGAUUGCUCGCCAGUUGCAACAUAAACUCGGUGCUUCUGCUGCUUCUGCUGCUGCUGCUGCUUGUAGUGCUGCUAAUAUUAGUGCUACUACCCAGCCAACAAACACUACCUCCAGUCUUUUCCCAGAUCUUGCCAAAAGAUUGUGUGAUGAGGCAGAACAACUAAGACUGCUUGGCAAUUGGUGGGCACAACUGGCAUUUGAGCAGCAAAUGCAUCGGAUCAAUCUCUUGCUUGAGCGCCUGGAUGGAUUUGUGACGAUUGCUGAUCACCGGCAACGCCAACAGUGUGACGAGGCUAUUGGUGGGAUUAUCGGACAAGUGAGGAACUUCUCUGAUGAAGCCAGACCAGUGUUGGACAGACGGCUUUUUGUCGAGACGAUGGCAAGACUGGUUGACCGCUUGCUGAUUCGAUUGAUCCGGAUGAUUGAGGACAUUGUGGACAUUGGAGCAGAAGAGAGCGAGUUGAUUUCGCGGUCGUUGAAUAGUGUGGCACAAUUGGUCAGUACGUUUGAUCUACCUGGGCAUGAUGCGACUGAGCCAGAGGUGAUGGCCAGGGUCGGGAGCUGGCAAAAGUUCUGGCUGCUCAAGGACAUGCUUGAGAUGACGAUGAAAGACAUUAUGGAAGCCUGGCGGCGUGGAUCUCUUGGGAUGUUUACUGUCGAAGAGAUGUGCAGUCUAGUGUGUGCUUUGUUUGCGGACACAGAUCGUCGUGAGGCUGUUUUGGAUGAGAUCAAGUCAGGAAGAGUCGAGAGUGUUGUACAAGAAGUACAUAGUGUUACCCCGCCGAUCACUGUUGAGAGCCGUAGAUGGAAAGAUGAGCCUGUUAAUAGUAACGAUACUCCCACAGAUCUUGCGGAUACAGAUGAACAGGAUGGCUGGGGGUGGGAUGAGGCGGAUGAGAAUAUAUUUGUUGAGACUGGAGAAGAAAAUGUAUCUGAGCCCAUGCCUGAUCUCGAGAUAAACACAGAAGAGGGAUGGGGAGACGCAGACGAAGAUCUUUUUGUGGCUGACGAGAUGCACAAAUAA